GCCUGUCGAACCGAUCCGCACACCCGGAAACCGACUUAUUCACAAUGGCUACGUCUCAAUUGAGGGCAAUUGGCGUCCUUGCGCGUAGCGCGCGCGUCUCCCAGCGUGCUUUCACCACCUCCGCUCGGCAAUUCGAGGCCGCUGUCUCAACCAAGACCAACGAGGCAUCACCCGCUGCCGCCGACGAGAACAAGCCCGCUGUGAUUAACCAAGCCCCCAACCGUGUGGGUGUCUGGUCACGUAGCCAGAAGCCCCGUGCUCAGGCUAUGACCGGCCCCCGAUUCGAGCAGACCGACUUCGACCUUCAGCCUCAACCCAAGGCUGCUAUUGAGAUGAUCCACAAGCAGCCCGUCACAUGGACUCAUGACCGAAUUGUUGCUUGUAACGGUGGUGGCGGUCCUGAAGGCCACCCCAGGGUUUUCAUCAACACUGACAAGCCCGAGAUUGCUGUCUGCGGCUACUGCGGCCUGCCUUUUGCUCAUGAACACCACCGCACCCACCUCGAAUCCCUCCCUGAGACUUCCUACCCUCUCUCAUAAUCACCCAGGAAAGAUUGAAUCUGAAGGGAAGGAACAUCAUCUACAUCACUAGACCUAUGCGAGGGGGAUAAAGAAACCCAAAUACUAUGCUGCUUUGCAAGUGAAACCCAAGCCUCUGUAUAUACCAUGCGAAUACAACGAACGAAUCAACCACGGCAGGUUUCAUGGUGUAACUUGUGUAAUUGCUACCUACCUAUGCUACCGAGCCGGGACUUUAGACCAACAUGUUUCUGACAUUACGGAAUCAUCCCGGAAGUCCAAUUUCAUGCUCUGUUUGUAGAGUAAUAGAAAUAUUGGCUCUCC